UUUUCACUUUUCUACCUAUUUUGUUAAACCAACAUAAAUCGAUAUCAAUACCACGGGCUGCACCAUUACCACUCGCUAAACCAUAUAAACCGGUUUUCCAACCUUCUUCCCUCCCAAAGGUGCGACUCUCACCAACUCCCACAAUUUUCCAAUUUGGCAAAUCGCCCACCACCUAACAACACCAACCCAACCGAGGGCGGCCCUUUUCAUUCUUAUACCCAGAUCUCUGAAUCUGUUCUUGACUCGCCCUUUUGCUUCAAUUCAUCUCACAGGGUACUGCCUCUGCUCCUUUCUCUGCUUGCCUUUCUUUCUCUCCUGCGUUUCUCAGGUUGUCCAUUCAAUUCGCAAAUGUGUUAUUCUUGACUUUUAUUUCACCUGCGUUUCUUGGUUUUGUUAUUUACCUGGUUUUUGGUGAUUGGAGAUCUCAAUAGUCGCACCAAACGUUGAGAUUUCUUUCCCCCUCCUAGUUGGGUAUUUAGAUAGAGAGAUUCAAAGUUCCAGACUUUGUGUUCUGAUCCUUUCUCCCUCUCUUCUGAGUUAAAGUCUCAGUUGUUGAAGGGAAAGGAAACGAGUUUCUGGUGUUGCAGUAGAAUUGUUGAACUAGGUUGGGGGGGUUCUCUUGAUUGAUCAAUGAUCCUAGUAAUCUUGUUCUGCGUUCUGGCAUGUCAUUGUUUCAACUUGUAUUUCUCUGAUGCUUGAUCUUGCUGCCCUUAUGCAUGUAUGGUCUCAUGAACUGAACUUGAUUGAGGUAACUUUGGCGAUGACUGAUCGAUUGGUCGUUGGCAGUCUUCAGUCCGCUUUUCUGUGUCUUGAUUUGUACUUUGAUACUCUGCUGAUUGAUCUUGCUGCUGUUAUCUGUAGUCUUGUGGUUGUGGAGGUGUGAACUAGUCUGAAUUCUGUGUUGCUGCUCCUUUUAGUUUGGCACAUUUGUGUCUGAAUUGAACAAUUGGGCGAGUAUUGUAGAUGACUAAUGGCUUUUAUAAGGGUUACAUUGACCUCUUCAUUAUUCUUUUGCCAUUUUCUAAUUUGUAGUUUAUUAGAAGCCAGGACAUGGAUUACUACAAUGACCCACCAAUUAUAAAAAAAAUUUAGGUGUACUGAUGCCAUUAUUUUUGAAGAGCAGAUAAUGAUAUCUUUUUUAACCUUACUGUGUUUGAGGAUAGAUGGCAAGGUUUCGAAGGAAUUCUGAUAAUAUGUGUUUAUGUCUAACUUUCUUUUUGCACUCCUUUUUCUUUUGUCUUGAUUCUUUCUUUAUAUUGUGUUGUAUCUGAAUGCAACAUGGUCAAGUUCUUAAUUUAUUCUGGUUUAUUGAACAGCAAUAUUAUGGCUGCGCAAACAAGAAUCGGCCUUGCUGGUCUGGCUGUCAUGGGCCAGAACCUAGCUCUCAACAUUGCGGAAAAAGGAUUCCCCAUUUCAGUCUAUAAUCGAACUACCUCCAAGGUUGAUGAGACUGUUGAGAGAGCAAAGAGAGAGGGCAACCUUCCACUCUAUGGCUUUCAUGAUCCCGAAUCUUUCGUUAAUUCAAUCCAAAAGCCUCGUGUGAUAGUCAUGCUAGUCAAAGCCGGGGCGCCUGUUGAUGACACCAUCAAGACUCUUUCUGCUUACAUGGAGAAAGGUGACUGCAUCAUUGAUGGUGGGAAUGAGUGGUAUGAGAAUACCGAGAGGAGGCAGAAGGCAAUGCUUGAAAAGGGUUUGCUCUAUCUUGGAAUGGGAGUUUCGGGAGGCGAGGAAGGUGCAAGAAAUGGACCUUCGAUGAUGCCUGGAGGUUCCUUUGAGGUGUACAAGUACAUUGAAGACAUCCUUCUCAAAGUGGCGGCUCAAGUUCCCGACAGUGGUCCUUGUGUGACAUAUAUUGGAGAAGGUGGAUCAGGUAACUUUGUUAAGAUGGUCCACAAUGGAAUCGAGUAUGGUGAUAUGCAGCUAAUUGCAGAAGCAUAUGAUGUGCUGAAAUCAGUUGGAAAGCUUUCAAAUGAGGAAUUGCAUAAGGUGUUCACAGAAUGGAACAAGGGCGAGCUUCUAAGCUUCCUGGUCGAAAUAACUGCUGAUAUUUUUGGAAUCAAAGAUGACAAGGGAGAAGGGUAUUUGGUUGACAAGGUUUUGGACAAAACAGGUAUGAAAGGGACUGGGAAAUGGACAGUGCAGCAAGCUGCUGAUCUAUCCAUUGCAGCACCCACCAUUGCAUCUUCGCUUGAUGCAAGGUUUCUUAGUGGUCUGAAGGAGGAAAGGGUCCAAGCUGCUGAAGUGUUCAAGUCUGGUGGGUUUUCCGAUAUUUUGAGUGAACAGGUUGUGGACAAGGAGAAGCUGAUUGACGAUGUGAGGAAGGCUCUCUAUGCUUCCAAGAUUUGCAGCUAUGCACAGGGAAUGAAUUUAAUUCGUGCAAAGAGUGUUGAGAAAGGAUGGGGGUUGAAGUUGGGAGAACUUGCUAGGAUUUGGAAAGGAGGCUGCAUUAUCCGAGCCGUGUUCCUUGAUAGGAUUAAGAAGGCAUAUGAUCGUAACCCCGAACUGUCUAACCUUCUUGUGGAUCCCGAGUUUGCGAAGGAAAUCAUUGAGCGCCAGACUGCAUGGAGAAGGGUUGUGUGUCUAGCUGUCAGCUCUGGCGUUAGCACUCCUGGUAUGUCAUCUAGUCUUGCUUAUUUUGACUCAUACAGGAGAGAGAGAUUGCCUGCUAAUUUGGUGCAGGCGCAAAGAGACUACUUUGGUGCUCAUACUUAUGAGAGAACCGACAUGGAAGGAUCGUUCCAUACUGAAUGGUUCAAGAUUGCCCGACAGUCGAAGUAUUGAGCCAUUUCCUGACGUCUUGAAGCUUGUUUCUAGCAUAAUAAACCGAGACCAGUCUUUUCUGUGUGGUGGAACUUUUAUCCUUGUUGGAUGUACUUUGGCAGGUUCUAACUGCUUUCUGUUGUAACGAUUUUAAAGAUUUUACAUUUGCUACUUUGGUUGAGAUAUGUCACCCCCUAUGGGAGUUCUAUCUUAUUGUUGGAAAUUUGAUGUUUAUUGAGAAAUUGAAUUCUGAUGGCUUUAUUCUCAGUAGCUUUUUGGUUUCACCAGCUAUUCUUGUAGGCUAUCCCGGUCUAAGAAUGUUUGGCUAUUCUUCAUCCAUUAUUGCAUUGUUUGCUCACUUAUCUUCACUAGCAUGAUCUAAAGCUAUGCUUCAAAUUUUACUCGUUCUUAGCAUUUUUUAGGCUGAUGACAGCAGUGUGGUUUAAGAAAAUUAUCAAAGCCGA